CGACAUCUGCGUGUCUUUUUUGCCUUCUACAACAGCUGCCUUUUAUACGAGCUAGUUUUGUACAGACAUCCGAGUUGUAAGAUUUACUAGGGGCCAAUGCCCAUUGGGUCAAAAGUGUUUGAAUUUGUGUUUUAUUUCGUAACUGUGGAAAGGUAGAAUGAUAUACUUCCGCGUUUUCUCGAUUCUCUGCACAAGUGUGUGUUGAUCAUCUGAAUCGGUGAAUUUGUCAAAACUUUAUAGUACAGAUACUGUCAAUUUCGUUGGGGAUACUUUGCAGAUGGACGCUCAAAUGGCGAUAAACGAAGUAUCUCAACGUGGUUUCCAAAUUUUAAAAGCUAUCAGCAUCAGUCCGAAUAAAUACAUAUACGACUUGUCCUUCAUGUCCGGCUCUGCUGGUGAUUCAACAAAGCUUUAUGUUGCUGUGGAAACUAAUGUCAAUUCUGAUCGCAUGUAUGCAUCCAGCAUAGAUGCAAGCUUGUGUCUUUGUAUUGAAUCCUAUUUAUGUACAAUUGGCUAUGGCUGUUAUGGUGAAGUCUUACUAAGUAUUGAAAGCACAAUUAAAAAAAUAACUUAUUCUAAUGAUCAGGUUCAACAAUGUCCGUGGUUCCCAAGUCAUCUCACAAAUGGAUACAUACCACAUGGGAUAGCAAAAUCUAAAUCUGGACAUUUGCUGAUCUCUCUGUGGAAUCACAAGCCACGAUAACAGUCUCAGGGAAAAGUUUGGAAAUUAA